CAUCUCGUAUUCCUUGCUUUCAGAAAUGUAAUAUGGCCUAUCGUUGCGUUUCUUGCUUUGAUGAGGUUUCGCUAAAAGUUGAUAGAGAGAUCAUCAGGCUUUCAUUUGCAUAUUUAUUUACCAAAAUUGGCAUUAUUACUGUGGUAUUAGAUCACAUCGCGGAGGAGCAGCUAAGGAAGGCGGAGAGGGCAUUGCAAGAGUUUAAGGAGAGUAAACGUAGACAACGGCUGGAAGAGCUGGAAGAGAAGGAGUUGGACGACGAAGAGCUUAGUGAACGGGAGGAAAGAGUGUUGACAAGGUUGAGGCUCGAAAAGACGCAACUGAAGAAGAACAGAGGGAUCGUUUGGAGCAGGUGGAAAAUGAUAGUUCUAAUUUCUGUUCCGUUAUUAGAUUCAGAGAGUGAGCGAGCGUUGAAGAGACCUCCGGAUCAACUCAAACCUUUUAUAAAUGCACAACUUCUUUGCAAGUUGCCAACAUCCAAGCACGAGGAGGAGCAGUACCCUGAGCUUUUGGAACUGGUCUAUACAAACGAAGAUGACAGUUAUAGUGAUUUAGCCAGCCAUGUUUCUGUAGCGCUAAGUAGACAGUUUAACGACAAUGUCUCAGAUAUUGAAAGUGAGGAUGAUCUGCAUCACGUCAUAAAUAGUUUGAUCAAAGACACACUUCGUCUGUUUAGUCGUAAUGCUGUGCCUGGAAGCCUAGACCUUUUAAUUUGUCGCAACACUGUAGAUAUGGGGUGGACAACUACAACAAUAGGAACUUGUCGACCAGAUUUUCUUGUUUACCAUAAAAAUGUUCUCGUGCUCAAGGGUGAAGAAAAGGCUACUCCAAAUUCUUUUCACAAAGCUUUGAGUGAUCUCACGGAUAAAAAAUCGGCUUCUAUGCUAUUGACGAUCACUGUUAUUUCUGUGACUAUUAACAUAUUGCGAAUUUUGGUGACAAUAGGACCUUAUCUUUCCAAUGAUGUUAUCCCUCUUUAUAUACUGAUUCAACAAGCUUCGGGUUCAACAAUUACAUUCUACGAUGACUCAGUUGUGAAGGAGCUUAGUUUCCAGUAUCUUCCAUAUGUUGAUGGCAGUCUGAGAAAGCGUAUUGCAUUUCUAAGAGAAAUCUUGAUUAUGACUACGCGUGGUAUUCGAAGGUUACCAUGUAAUGAGACCGAGUUGCGUUCGAUGGUAAGAAGCUUACUUGUUAGGCUGGACUGUCUGCACAGUGGCAAUUAUGUGCAUCACGAUAUUCGAGAACCCAAUGUCCUGUUUGUGCCUGAAAACCCUGCUGGUUCGAAAUAUGUACUUAUAGACUUUGAACAUGGAGUUAAAGCUAAUAAGGAGAUGAAUGAACGAUUAAGUGAUUGGAACCAUAGGACCCUUUCCAACAACCAAUACACUACGUUAUCUGACAUAUACCAGUUGGGGAAACUGAUAGAAAGGCUUAUAAUGCGCUUUCAAAUGUCAAUUUCAGAUAAUGGAAAGACUUUUGUGAAUAAAUUGAAGAAGAAGAAAAUGAAUGCUACACAGGCGCUUCAACACGCAUGGAUCACAGAUGUAAACUUUCCAUAA